AUGACGAACAAGAUUCUACCGGAGAAAAUGCCGAUCGUAGCCGAGUAUGCGAAUUCGAACCGAUCUUCCUGCAAGUCAUGUUCCAAUUCGAUCGCCUCGAAAAAUCUCAGGGUAUGUUUGAUUAGCAAAGGACCCGGCGGAUUCGACAUGACCAGCUGGCACCAUUUUGAUUGUUUCCCCACCGAUUCGGAAUCGAUUGCUUCCGUAGACGAUAUUAAAUGCUUAUCCGCUUUAGAGAGUGGUGAUCAGGAUGCAUUGAAGGAAUUGGUCCUACGAUUCGAGAACAAGCUAACGGAGGAGACAAACAAGAGAAAACAUUCUCAGGUUGUUGGGGAGAUGGUGGAAGAAGAUGAACUGCAAACCAACACGAGCCAACCCACUACUAGAAAACCCAAGCUUCAGUCAACUUCUCUGGUCGUAGCUGAGGCAGAAAUCUCUCUUUCAGCAUCUGAUGUGAAGGACAAGUACAGGGAUGCCAGUCUAUUACCAAAGUGGAAAGUGUUUGAGACUGUAAUAUUCCUUGAGCGGUUUUUCAACGUCACUGAUUACGUCUUUCCAGAAAGGGCAAUCACACAAUGCUUUUGUUCUUCUCACAGUGCAUUCAAUGUAGGUGCAGAUGCAUGGUCCCUUAUGUAUCCUUCUAUUCCUGAAAAACUACAAAGUCUACAUAGUCAAGGCUAUAAGCUGGCUAUUUUCACGAAUGAGUCUAAGAUCGGUGGAAGAAUAAAAGACAAGCUGCUGUUGACUCGAAAAUUGGACGUCUCGACGGUUUUAUCAAGCGCGUGGAGGUCCCCAUUCAGGUGA